GGGCGGGGCUCGCUGAGAGUCCGGAUUGGGCGGCAGCUGCUAGUGCGGCUGUUGCACGUCGGCUGCUCAGCUCAGACCAGUGUCGCGCGCGCCGGCCUCCGCCGCGGCCCCUGGCCCGGUCCCCAUCCUCUCGCAGACCCGGCCUCCCCGCCGGCCGUCCCCCUCCGCAGCCAUGUCCAAGGAGCCGCGGGCCGGGCGGGAGGAGAUCCUGGAGUGCCAGGUGAUGUGGGAGCCUGACAGCAAGAAGAACACGCAGAUGGACCGCUUCCGGGCGGCUGUGGGCGCCGCCUGCGGCCUGGCGCUGGAAAAUUAUGAUGACUUGUAUCAUUGGUCAGUUGAGUCAUAUUCGGACUUCUGGGCAGAGUUCUGGAAAUUCAGUGGAAUUGUCUUCUCACGCAUGUAUGAUGAGGUUGUGGACACAUCCAAAGGGAUCGCAGAUGUCCCCGAGUGGUUCAAAGGCAGUCGCCUCAACUAUGCAGAAAACCUCCUGCGACACAAGGAGAACGACAGAGUGGCGCUUUACGUUGCACGGGAAGGCCGGGAGGAGAUCACGAAGGUGACUUUUGAAGAGCUGCGGCAACAGGUGGCUUUGUGUGCCGCGGCGAUGAGGAAGAUGGGCAUAAGGAGAGGAGACCGGGUCGUCGGCUAUUUGCCCAAUGGUGUGCACGCCGUGGAGGCCAUGCUGGCGGCUGCGAGCGUUGGCGCCAUCUGGAGCUCCACGUCCCCAGACUUCGGCGUGAACGGCGUUCUGGACCGGUUUUCUCAGAUUCAGCCGAAGCUCAUCUUCUCCGUGGAGGCCGUCGUCUACAACGGCAAAGAGCACCCCCACAUGGAGAAGCUGCAGCAGGUCGUUAAAGGACUGUCAGACCUGAAGAAAGUGGUGGUGAUCCCCUACAUCUCUUCCAGAGAGAAGAUAGACAUUUCCAAGAUUCCAAACAGCGUGUUUCUGGAGGAUUUCCUGGCCACCGGGCAAGGUGAGCAAGCCCCCCAGCUGGAGUUCGAGCAGCUGCCCUUCAGCCACCCGCUCUUCAUCAUGUUUUCAUCGGGCACAACCGGAGCUCCCAAGUGCAUGGUGCACUCGGCCGGGGGGACCCUCCUCCAGCACAUGAAGGAACACGUUCUUCACGGCAACAUGACCAGCAGUGACAUCAUCCUGUAUUACACCACGGCUGGCUGGAUGGUGUGGAACUGGGUGGUGUCUGCUCUUGCCACGGGGGCGGCCGUGGUCCUGUAUGAUGGCUCCCCCCUGGUGCCAACGCCCAACGUGCUCUGGGACCUGGUCGAUAGGAUUGGCAUCACCAUCCUUGGAACGGGUGCCAAGUGGCUGUCAGUGCUGGAGGAGAGAGGCAUGAAGCCAGUGGAAACUCACAGCCUCCAGACGCUGCGCACGAUCCUGGUCACUGGCUCCCCGCUGAAAGCCCAGAGCUACGACUACGUCUACAGGAACAUCAAGAGCAGUGUCCUCCUGGCCUCCAUCUCAGGUGGCACCGACAUCAUCUCCUGCUUCGUGGGCCAUAAUCCUUCCGUUCCUGUGUACAAAGGGGAGAUUCAGGCCCGGAACCUGGGCAUGGCCGUGGAGGCAUGGAAUGAGGAAGGAAAGGCAGUCUGGGGGGAGAGCGGGGAGCUGGUGUGCACCAAGCCGCUUCCCUGCCAGCCCACGCACUUCUGGAAUGACGAGAACGGCAGCAAGUACCGGAAGGCGUAUUUCUCCAAGUUCCCAGGUGUCUGGGCGCAUGGCGACUACUGCAGAAUCAACCCCGAGACUGGGGGCGUCGUCAUGCUGGGCCGAAGCGACGGCACGCUCAACCCCAAUGGAGUGCGAUUCGGCAGCUCGGAAAUCUAUAACAUCGUGGAAGCCUUCGAGGAGGUGCUGGACAGCCUGUGUGUCCCCCAGUACAACAAGGACGGGGAGGAGAGGGUGAUCCUCUUCCUGAAGAUGGCUCCCGGCCACACUUUCCGGCCCGAGCUGGUGAAGAGGAUCUGCAGCGCCAUCCGCCUCGGCCUGUCCGCCCGGCACGUGCCCAGCCUCAUCCUGGAGACCCAGGGCAUCCCGUACACUCUCAACGGCAAGAAAGUGGAAGUGGCCGUGAAACAGGUCAUCGCUGGGAAAACCGUGGAGCACCGUGGAGCCUUCUCGAACCCCGAGACCCUGGAUUUGUACCAGGACAUCCCCGAGCUGCAGGACUUCUGAGCUGGGCCGGCUGGCGCAACCCUCAGCCACACGUGUCUGUGCUGUCACUUCUGUGUGUUCAAGAAAUUACUUAGAAACCCACGGCUCUUUGGAAAGGGAUUUGCGCCAAGUCCGUAGGCCUGGGAGGAGCCACUCUCUGUUCUGCAGUUUCAUCUGGUGGGUCCCUGAGUCUCCCACCUGCCACAGCAGGAUGCUGACCUUCAGGGGCUGAAAGGGAGGGUUUGGGUUGUGUGUGUGGCAGUCUGGAGAGUGUGUGUCUUUGAACACUCACGGGGAGGAGCUGGGGUCGCCUGUGUGUGCACCGGCAUGGCCGGUGCCCAGUCCCCCGUCCAGAGCCCACGGGCAUCUUGGUGACAGCUCACCCCUGGGGAGCGACCGGCCUGCAGCCUCGUGCUGUGGUCCAUUUCGCUCUGUUAAGGCCCAGAUCGUCUUCUUCCCUUUGUGUUGGUCUCCUGGCUCUGGCCACCGUCCUUCAGGGGCCCUUCUGUCUGCUGUGGCAUGUUACCUGUCCCAGGGCCUGUCCCAGGGUGACUUUCCAACAUCUCACAGCAGAUUCUCAGGAUCCUGGGCUGACCGCUGUCCCGCUGUCUGUGUGUCACAGAUGGAAUCCCGGCAGCUCCUAGGGGAACCGUGUGUCACACCGCACCUACCCGCACUCCCCCCCCAGCAGAUAGAGUUCCAGUUCGCUUUGGAGAACGAGUGGAUUUCAUAUUUUAAUAGGAUCUCUUUAUUUCGUGGACGUCGAGUGGUUUAAAAAUGUUUUCAUGUUAAUUGUGUAGUGUGUGGGCAUUUGAAUGUGUGGGUGAUGUCCACCCUGUGGGGGGGUGUCACUCAGGGACGCAGGCAAGCCCCCAGGCAGCGGGUCACGGCAGGUCUUGCCAGGGCAGAGCCGCUGGGCCUCGGGGGCCGUGGCCUCACUGCACAGCCCUGCCCGAGGGCCUGGGACAGCACAUCGGGAGCGUGUCACCAGCCGCUGUGUGUACUUUUCAGUUCAGCCUCUUAACAUACGCCUGUCAUUGUAAUGUUCAUUUUUUUGUAUUUUUUUAAGACCAAGCACAGUGAAAAACUUUCAAACCCAUUUUUCUUGCGGAUUAUAAAAACGGGGCAGGUGUUAUGUAUGAGGCGUUCAGUGCAAUAAACAUAUACGCAUAUGCGCACAUACCGCGCCUGCGGCAUGCUUGCUUA